CGCACGUGUUUUUUUUUUACACAGAUCCACGCUGGUCCGCCGGAAGGUGUUAAACUCUUUAUAAUUCUUCAACAUUAAUGCGUGUAAAGUGGAUGUUUCUGUAAAUUAUGGCGGGGAUUGUGUGCCGUACUGCAAGCCGAGUUAUAUCGAGUCAAGUAUCAUGUAGCAGCUCUGUGGUUGCAGUCAGAAACAGUCACUGGUUCACAUCAAUGCUUUCCCUGAAAACCUCUUUGCCAUUGAGAGCAGAACCCAAGAAGAAGAAGAAGGUGGAUCCUCGGCGAGAGAUAAUGAUGAAGGAGCGCCUGAAGAAGAAGCUCAAAAGGCUGGAGAAAGUUGCACCGGAACUGAUCCCCAUUGAAGACUUUAUUACCCCGGCCAAGUGUUUUGAUGAGACCAGGAUCCGUGACGCUCCUAAACUCUCUUUCGAGGAGAGCGAGCGCAGAGCCCUUCUGCUGAAGGAGUGGUCCAGAUACAAGUACAGCCAGCACCAGACGGAGAUGGACACCAUCAACGAGGCUCUGGAGGCUCAGAGACAAGCGCUGGACGAGCUGAAGCUGGAGUCAGAGGAGCUUUAUAAAGCAGCGCUCAGCCCAGACACAGACUUAUUCCCUUUCCAGCACGAGGGGCCCAGCUACACACCCCCCGUGACAAACUAUGAGGCUCCAGAGGGCAAAUACAACGACAUCACUCGAGUGUACACACAGUGAGCGGAGCUUGAGCAUGAAACAAGUGCGUUCAGGGCUGAGCAAGAGCAGAAACAUCAGAGAAGAACGAACCAAAUUAACUUGUUCAUCGUCUGUUAGUCAUCAUUAAAUCAUGAUGCAAAUGAAUAUUUGUCAACACCCGUUGUGUACCUGGAAUACAGAAAAAUUAUACAUUUUUUGCAAUUCUUGA